UUCCCGCCUCUAUUUCAUGUAUCUCUGCUGGUUAAUGCCGUAUGUUAAUAACCGUGGGUAACCCCACUAGAUGGAGCCAAAGAAGAACAACGGCAGUCGACGUCGGCCGGAGAUCAUUCACGCGAUUGACCACCACGACUCACGACUCACGAGCUACAUCAGUGUGCAUUUUAACCUCAACUGUGUGUGAAAUCAACCUUCGUCAACAAAAUGGUUCGCAAGUUAAAGUAUCAUGAACAAAAGUUAUUGAAAAAAGUUGACUUUAUUUCUUGGUCAGCUGAUGAAAAUUUGCGUGAGGUCAAGAUUUUAAAACGUUAUCGUAUACAAAAACGUGAAGACUAUACAAAGUAUAAUAAAUUAUCCAGAGAAAUUCGAGAAGUUGCUGAAAAAAUAAAAGAACUUGAUUCAGAUUCACCAUUUAGAGCUGAACAAAGUGCUGUAUUACUAGAAAAGCUCUUUAUUAUGGGACUCAUUCCAACAAAAGCAGAUCUUUCAUUAGUUCAAAAAAUUACUGCUAGUUCCUUUUGUCGUCGUAGACUACCCAUAAUUAUGGUGCGCAGCAAAAUGAGUGAAAAUUUGAAAAUGGCUACACAACUCAUUGAACAAGGUCAUGUAAGGGUAGGACCAGAAGUAGUAAAAGAUCCCGCAUUUUUAGUUACAAGGAAUUUGGAAGACUUUGUUACUUGGGUUGAUUCAUCCGCUAUCAAGAAACACAUUAUGGACUACACUAAUGAGAGAGAUGACUUUGAGAUGUAAACUACAACAGCAUCUUUGAAGAGUAUAGCAUCAGCUUUCUUAAAAUUAAAGAAUAGAAUAUUUAGCAUAAGGAUUGUAAAUAAUUGUAAAUAAUAAAAAAUCUUUUAUAUAAAAAAAAGUAAAAAAUGUCCUUAAUCAUUUGCGAA